AUGGUGUUAUCUCUCAACCACACAGGGACCCAGGUGACCGAAUUCCUGAUGAUCUGCUUUCCAGGAAUGCAGGAUACCCAGCACUGGCUGUCUCUAGUCCUGGCUCCUCUCCUAGUUUUGGCUCUUGGGGCCAACUUUCUGUUAUUACUUGCCAUCUGGCAGGAGGCAUCUCUGCAUGAGCCCAUGUACUACCUGCUUGCCAUCCUUUCUGUGUUGGAUGUCAUCCUCUGCCUCACAGUCAUCCCUAAGGUCCUGCUCAUCUUCUGGUUCGACAUGAAGCGCAUCAGCUUUAUGGGCUGCUUCCUGCAGAUGUUCAUCAUGAAUACAUUCCUUCCCAUGGAAUCCUCCACCUUUCUGGUCAUGGCUUAUGACCGCUACGUGGCCAUCUGCCAUCCACUGCGCUACUCAUCCAUAAUCACGGAACAGUUUGUCGUCAAUGUGGCCAUCUUCAUCAUCGUUCGCAAUUUGCUGGCCACUCUGCCUACACCAAUUCUGGCUGCGAAACUCAAUUACUGUGCCAGCAAUGUAGUGGAAAACUGUAUCUGUGCAAACAUUUCUGUAGCAAAGCUCUCCUGUGGAGAUAUUUACCUGAAUAAGCUCUACCAAUUUGUGAGUGUUUGGUGCCUGUUGGGUUCUGAUCUGGUCCUUAUCUUGCUAUCCUACUGUUUCAUCUUGAGUGCUGUUGUGCAUUUGCAGUCAGGAGGUGCAACCACCAAGGCCUUGAGUACUUGUGGUUCCCAUCUCAUUCUUAUACUUUUCUUCUAUACAUUGCUGCUAGUCUUCAUCUUCACAAAUAAGGCAGGGAAAAAAGUGUCCCCAGAGGUACCCAUUCUUCUCAAUGUCUUGCACCAUCUCAUCCCACCAGCCCUGAACCCCAUUGUUUAUGGAGUACGAACCCAGGAAAUCAAGCAAGGGAUUAUCAAACUAUUCAAGUACCAGUGCUGA